UUCGAGCAUGUGAGCAUGCUGGUGAUUCUGUUGAACUGUGUGACUCUGGGUAUGUUCCAGCCAUGUGAGGACCUCAAGUGCCAGUCUGAGUGGUGUGUCAUCCUACAGGCAUUUGAUGACUGCAUCUUCGCUUUCUUUGCUGUGGAGAUGGUCAUUAAAAUGAUGGCCCUGGGGAUUUUUGGAUCAAAGUGUUACCUUGGCGACACGUGGAACCGCCUGGACUUCUUCAUAGUCAUGGCAGGGAUGAUGGAGUACUCACUGGACGGUCACAAUGCCAGCCUGUCAGCCAUUCGGACUGUGCGAGUGCUCAGGCCCCUGCGAGCCAUCAACAGAGUGCCUAGUAUGAGGAUACUGGUUACUCUGCUUCUAGAUACUCUGCCUAUGUUAGGCAACGUCCUUCUGCUGUGCUUUUUUGUCUUCUUUAUAUUCGGGAUCGUCGGGGUGCAGCUCUGGGCCGGACUUCUAAGGAAUCGCUGUUUCAUGACAGAUGAUGUGAAAGCCCUCUACAAUCUGUCCUACAUGGAUCCAUACUACAUGCACGAGGACGGUGAGGACAACCCCUUCAUCUGCUCCACCAAUAAGGAGAACGGCAUGCUGCCCUGCAGUGAGGUGCCCCCCUUCAAAAAGGGUGACAUUGAGUGCACCCUUAAACCACCUCUACCAGGACACACCUACUUUGGCCUGGAUGGACCCAGUAGAAACACCUGCGUUAACUGGAACCAGUAUUACAAUUUUUGUCGGGCUGGGGAGUUCAACCCUCACAAAGGGGCAGUGAACUUUGAUAAUAUUGGAUACGCCUGGAUUGCGAUAUUCCAGGUUAUUACUUUGGAAGGAUGGGUGGAUAUCAUGUAUUACGUUAUGGAUGCCCACUCCUUUUACAAUUUUAUAUAUUUUAUAUUGCUUAUAAUAGUGGGCUCCUUCUUCAUGAUCAACCUGUGCCUGGUUGUAAUAGCAACCCAGUUCUCCGAAACAAAGCAGCGUGAAAACCAGCUGAUGCAGGAGCAGAGGGCACGCUACCUCUCCAACGACAGCACGCUCGCCAGCUACUCCGAGCCGGGAAGCUGCUACGAGGAGAUGCUCAGGUACAUCAGCCACUUGUACCGCAAGGUAAAGCGGCGUGCUUCCCGCAUCUACAACAGCUGGCAGAGCAAGCGCAGGAAGAAAGUGAACCCCAACAGCGGGCUGCCUGGGGGAGGAGGGGCUGGAGGCGGGGCCAACGGCCACAGCAGGCACAGGAGCGGCAGUCAUUGGGUCCGUUCCGUCCACAACCUUGUACAGCAGCACCAACGUCAACACUGUCACCUCAGCAAUGGGAGCCCCAGCCCUUUGGCCUCCUCAGGGCCCGGCGAGGCAGUGGAGAUGAGGUCCAUUACAACGGGGCCACAGCUUACAGUGUCUUCUCAGCCAACCGCGGUGCAGAAUCUUUCUUCCAGGACUCAAUCAGUGCAAAGUAUUUAUCAAGGUGACUUUCACGAGGUCCCGCAGGUGCCAGCGGGCACCGAUGGGGGCGUAUCAGCGCUCGGGCGACUAAACGGGGGGAUGAACUAUCCAACCAUCUUGCCCUCCUUCAUGUGCAGCUACGCAGGCAGAAACCCUGCGGGUAAAGGCAGGGGUGACUCGAACACCAGCUCAGAAAGUGAUGCUGUAGAUCCCUUUGAGAAGCUGCAACAGCUCAUGGGAGAGCGUGGUCACAGUCAUUUACUGCUACAGAUGGCUGGUGUUGUUCCCGGCCCACUGCUCUUUGAGCUCCUGAGCUGCCCAUAUUGUGCAAGGGCUCUGGAGAAUAUGGAUAUGGAGCUUGGUGAUUCAGAUUGCUCCAGAUCAGAUGGGGAUGUGGUGUACGAGUUUUCCCAUGGAGUGGAAUUUAAACCUGGCCGCUUAUCCCACAAUAAAGUAGUGGAGGAAAGCAACCGCCUGGCGCUGUUCUGGGAAAACUUCAGGGAUAGAUUGAUACGCAUAGUGGAGAGCAAAUAUUUCAAUCGAGGAAUUAUGAUCGCCAUCCUCAUCAACACCUUAAGCAUGGGGAUUGAAUACCAUGAGCAGCCUAAGGAGCUGACAGACAUCCUGGAGAUCAGCAAUAUUGUCUUCACUAGCAUGUUUGUCCUCGAAAUGCUCUUCAAACUGCUUGCCUUUGGCAUCUUCGGCUACAUCAAGAAUCCCUACAACAUAUUUGAUGGGAUUAUUGUGGUCAUAAGUGUGUGGGAGAUCCUAGGUCAGACGGAUGGAGGUCUUUCGGUUCUGAGGACGUUUCGCCUUCUGCGUGUGCUCAAACUGGUGCGCUUCCUUCCUGCACUGCGCAGACAGCUGGUGGUCCUCAUGAAGACUAUGGACAAUGUGGCCACAUUCUGCAUGCUGCUUAUGCUAUUCAUCUUUACAUUCAGCAUUCUUGGGAUGCAUCUGUUUGGGUGCAAGUUCAGCAUGAAGAUGGAGAAUAAUGACACAAUUCCAGACAGGAAAAACUUUGAUUCUCUUCUGUGGGCGAUCGUCACUGUGUUUCAGAUUCUGACUCAAGAGGACUGGAACGUGGUCCUUUAUAACGGAAUGGCUUCCACCACUCCAUGGGCGGCUCUUUACUUCGUGGCUCUGAUGACGUUCGGGAAUUACGUUCUUUUCAACCUGCUGGUAGCCAUCUUAGUGGAGGGCUUUCAGGCGGAGGGGGACGCUAACAGAUCGGACGUGGACGAGGAAAAGAGGUCGGUGAACUUUGAAGAGGAGGAGAAGAUGGGGGAAUUACGAGCCACAGAAUUGAAGAUGUACUCACUGAUGAUGUCAGCAAAUGGGCACGUUGAUCCUCGGGGCACCUUGCCUCCACCAAUCAUCAUGCGUACUGCUGCCACACCCAUGCCCACACCGAAAGGCUCUCUUGGCCCAGAGUCGGUGUUUGGGUUGGACGAGUCGAGGCGGGGUAGUGGGGUCUCUAUAGAUCCAAAUGCCUUUGAUCAGAAAUCCCUGUCCAGCCCAAGAAGAUCUCCAUGCCACCCCCGUGGCUCAGGUAGUAACUGGGGCAGCCGCAGGUCCAGCUGGAACAGCUUAGGGCGAGCGCCGAGCUUAAAAAGAAGGGACACAUCUGGAGAAAGAGAGUCUUUGCUGUCUGGGGAGGGCAAGGGCAGUUUUGAAGAUGAAGACUCGGAGGGGGAUAAAAUGGGCUUUAUUGGUGGAGGCUCAAUGCAGCAUCCCAGCUCUCUGGAUAUCCCUGAGCUGCCCCAUGCCCCCAGCUUUAGCACAUUGGGAGAUUACCAUGAUUGCAAUGGAAGAACCUUGCAGCUGCCCGCUGACCUACCCACCAACUUGAGUAAAGAAGACUCCAUCACAGAGGAGGAUAUGGAUGAUAGCUUCUGUUUCCGUCUGAAGAGGACGUUGCAGGCAUUUAAACCUCAGUGGUGUAAAGAUCACGAGGAAUGGUCGCUUUAUCUGUUCUCCCCUCAGAACAAGUUUCGGAUGAUGUGUCAGAGGUUAAUUUCUCACAGGAUGUUUGAUCAUGUGGUCCUGGUAUUCAUCUUCCUAAAUUGUAUCACCAUUGCUCUGGAAAGACCCAAUAUCCAGCUAUCUGAGCGAUGGUUUCUCAGUAUUUCCAAUUACGUUUUCACUGUGAUAUUUGUUGCUGAAAUGACUGUGAAGGUGGUGGCCCUUGGCUUCUGCUGUGGGAAGCACAGUUAUCUGCAGAGUACCUGGAAUGUUCUGGAUGGGGUGCUGGUCUUUGUCUCCCUCAUUGACAUUCUGGUCUCUCUGGCUUCCAGUGGUGGAAACCGAAUCUUUGGCAUCCUGAGGGUUCUUCGCCUGCUGAGGACCCUGCGGCCGCUGAGAGUGAUUAGCCGUGCUCCUGGCCUAAAGCUUGUGGUGGAAACACUCAUAACAUCCCUUAGGCCCAUCGGGAACAUUGUGCUGAUCUGCUGUGCCUUCUUUAUUGUCUUUGGCAUUCUGGGUGUCCAGCUCUUCAAAGGAAAGUUUUACCAUUGUGAAGGUCUGGACACCAAAAACAUCCAAAAUAAAUCUGAUUGUCUUCAAGCAAAAUACAAAUGGGUUCGAAGAAAGUACAACUUUGACAAUUUGGGACAGGCCCUUAUGUCAUUGUUCGUACUCUCCUGUAAGGACGGGUGGGUGAACAUUAUGUACGACGGGCUGGAUGCUACGGGGGUGGACCAGCAGCCUAAGCGCAAUCACAACCCCUGGAUGCUCCUCUACUUCAUCUCCUUCCUGCUGAUCGUCAGCUUCUUUGUGCUAAACAUGUUCGUCGGGGUGGUGGUGGAAAACUUCCACAAGUGCAGACAGGAUCAGGAGGAAGAGGAGGCACGGCUGCGCGAGGAGAAGAGGCAGAGGCUGCUGGAGAAAAAGCGCAGGAAGGCCCAACAGAGGCCGUACUAUGCAGACUACUCUCCAGCCCGGCUUUACAUCCACACACUGUGUACCAACCACUAUCUGGACCUCUUCAUCACGUGUAUCAUCGGCAUUAAUGUGGUCACUAUGUCUAUCGAACACUAUAAUCAGCCUAUAUACCUGGAAGAGGCAUUGAAAUACUGUAACUAUGUCUUCACCAUUGUCUUCAUUAUUGAGGCUUUACUCAAACUGGUGGCUUUUGGCUUUCGGAGAUUUUUCAAAGACAGAUGGAACCAGCUGGAUCUAGCCAUAGUCCUGCUCUCUAUCAUGGGCAUCACGCUGGAAGAGAUCAAGAUGAAUGCAGCACUGCCCAUCAACCCCACCAUUAUCCGCAUUAUGAGGGUGCUGAGGAUAGCCAGAGUACUGAAGCUUCUGAAGAUGGCCACAGGCAUGAGAGCACUGUUAGAUACAGUAAUGCAGGCUUUACCACAGGUGGGAAAUCUGGGUUUGCUGUUCAUGCUCCUCUUCUUCAUUUAUGCAGCGCUUGGCGUGGAGCUUUUUGGGAAACUAGAAUGCAAUGAAAAAAACCCUUGUGAAGGACUAAGUCGACACGCAACGUUUGAGAACUUUGGAAUGGCUUUUUUAACAUUAUUCAGAGUGUCAACUGGGGACAACUGGAAUGGCAUAAUGAAGGACACUCUGCGGGAGUGCACUACAGAUGACAAGCACUGCCUCAGCUACCUGCCCCUGGUCUCCCCCAUCUACUUUGUUACUUUUGUGCUAAUCGCUCAGUUUGUGCUGGUUAAUGUUGUGGUGGCCGUUUUGAUGAAACACCUGGAGGAGAGCAACAAGGAAGCUAAAGAAGAUGCAGAAAUGGACGCCGAGAUCGAGAUGGAGAUUGAAAUGGCUCGCCGUCUCAGCAACGUCUCUGCAGGGAGCUCUUUAGGGCCUGAGGGCAAAGCAACUUAUGUAGGCCCACGUGCCGAUUCACCUGGGCAGGAUGAGGAGGUGCAGAGAACUCAGGACAAUUUGCUCUCUCCGCGGAAAAUGUCGGUGUCAAGGAUGCAUUCUCUGCCCAAUGACAGCUACAUGUUUCGCCCUGUGAGACCGGCCAGUGCUCCGUAUCCACUGGAAGAGGUGGAACCAAGUCAGGGGUACCUUGAAUUAGGCUCCAUCACCUCGGUUCACUCCCAACCAUGCGAAGGCUAUUCCCUGCUCCAGGUCCCUGGUGUUCCUCCUCAUUCCCAAUUAUACUGCCUCCCCAAAAUCCCCCCUCCCAAGCCCUCUCCAACCCAUAGCAUAGACAGGACUCUACGAAGACAGGAGGCGAUAAAAAAUGACUCAAUCGAUGCGCAAGGUUCAGACUCCAAAGACAAUCUUCACAGACAAGCAGGGAAGACUACAGGAAGCUUCAAGCUGCACGUUCCACGGAUUUCUUGCGCCAACAGUUCCCAGGGAUCGCCUUUGCUAGCACCCAGCGUCCACACCUUCCAGCAUCCCCAGAGCCAGCACAACAUCCCAUCUCGACCUCCAAGUCAGGCCAGCAGCAGCAGAACCACCAGCCCCAGUGGCUCCAUGUUUGACUCAGCUGAUCUGGCGGACGAUGAGGUCUGCAACAUCAACAGUACAGCAGGACUGUGGACAGGGGUCCAGGCAGAAGCACGCAGUCACUCGCUGUCUCCCUACACCACCUCAGGGAUGCUGCUUCCAGUCCCGGUGAAGAAUUGCAGCAGUGCUGCCAACUUAGCCGAGUUGAGCAUUAAAGACCCAAAGAAGUGUUUCAGCGUGGACACGGAGGGUUUUCUGGAAAAACCCUACUGUACGGACGACCAUCGCAGGCACUCAAUUGAGAUUUGCCCUUCGGUAGACAAUGGGGUAUUCGGUCAAGACCUCGGUGAGAAGAGGCACGCUCCAGUCCGUGGACAGUCAUUGCACAUUCCCAGGAAGAAAAAGAUGAGUCCUCCUUGUAUCUCCAUAGAGCCGCCAUUUGAAACGGAGGCCCCUGCCUCUCUCACGUCCAUGAAAAAGCUGACGGUGAGCAGCAUGUUACUGCGGAGGAGGACGCCGUCGUAUGACCUGGCCCUGCAGCGGGACUCUCUGGAUUUGCCGGAGAACCAGCUGUCUACCCAGCCGCUCAUCAAAGUAGAGCGGCACCCCUCUCACUGUGCCGAGUAUCUGUCCCUACCGCACCCCACCACAAAGAGCGGUCUGGCGGGCAUUUUGUGUGAAAGCACACAGCCACCUCCCUUCGACAGUAGAUUUGAAGAAUCCACAGACUUCAGCUCUGUAAACAUUAAGUAAUUUGGGUGGCUUUAGGUAAAUUUUACCGUCUGCACACUAGUUGAACAGGGGACUUUGACCUCUUUCUGUAGCCAAAGUUUUCCUUUUUCAUUUUCAAAUGUAAUAUCAUCAUGAAAGCCAGCCGAUCCUAGUGGGCACAGCUUUUGAUCUGACUGGUGAUCGGGCGAGGUGUUGAACAUGGGAUAUGCAAUUUCAGGUUUCCAAAUGGAACUCUGGUUCUUACUUUAAUCCCAGUGCUCAAUCACAUUGAUUUGAGUUCAGGAUGUGUAGUGUUAUGUACCAUCUGUAUAAUAUUUGUUGGUCUUUCCUCUCCUUGUCAUGAGCAUUGCUUAUGUUUUAUGUAAAGACAGAGUAUACAGAUUUAAAAAGACUAUAUAAUAAGAGCUGUACAUGGUAUGUACUUUACUGACUCAUAAUGUGUAAAUAGAGAUCAUAUUGUAUUAGUGAAGAAACGAGCUCUAUUCAUAUGCACAUAUUUUUUAUAGAGAUAUAUAAUGUUUUUGCACAUAUCAAUUUGAAUCGUCCUCUGUCGUCUUGUGAAUGUACUUUUUUUUUUAAAUCGAAUAGCUGUGGGAUCAAUUAUAGUCUGUUUAGGCCUACUGAUAUUGAGAUGAUUUUUAUUUUUCUAUUGGGAGGAGGGCUGUGUCGUAUUAUAUACAUCCAAUGAGAACCAAACUACAAAUGAUCUGUAGCCUGAGUGCAAUACGCUAUAAAUGUUUCUGUAAGUUCACCCAGUUAGGUUGCUCACUUUACUUAUAGCCAGUAACGUGCAUCUCACAUACAUACACAACCCUUUACCACACCCAGGUUCAUCUCAAAAUGUAUAUUAAGAUUUCCACUACACUUUACAUUGUAACCUGAUUUAUGACCACACGUUUGCAUGUAAAGGACAAACUAAUUCAAUUGUAAAUGUGACCUUGUUCUGUUUCUUCAAAAGUUUUUAUUGUCAUAGGUGAAGACUAAGAGAGUUGAUUUCUGCAGAUGUCUGAUCUAUUUUUUGAUCUGUUUAGCCUUGAAAUGGCACUUUUAGAUUUGUGCCUGCAACAAUGAGUGAGACAACACUUUGAUAAAAGAAACACAAAGAAAUGUUUCUUUUUUUAAGAUUGUAUCAACAUAAUUUAUGUAUAGUCAAACUAUGCCAUUGGCCUAGUUUUACAGGUUAACUAUACCUGAAAAUCCUGUGCGACACAACUCAAAACUAUUUACAUAUCCAGUGUCAUCAAUGCAUCACCUCAGUUUCAGAUUUAAAAUAGUCGAUGCAGAUUUUGUCCUGUGAUCAUUUACUAUCUUCCUUGAAUCUGGAUUUCCUCAAAAGAUGAAGAGGGAAACCUAGUUGCAUGUGUUUUUGAAAGGGUUAGAAAUACGAACCAGGAUGUUUUUGAAGUUUUGAUAUUUUGAUUUUCAGAUAUUUUCUAUUUGUAGACUUAUCCAAUUGCACUGGGAUGUAAUAACAAGGUAUUCCUCUUUGUAGAAGUAAACCCACUUAUUGUUGUCUAAUGCAAUAUUUUAUGAAUCUAUGUUGAGAAGAUGAGUGCAAGAAAUUUAGGAAAGUUCAUGAAAGAUAAAAGUAUGUAGUCUAGCGGACAACAUAAUAUUCACAUCAAUUUAAUAUUGGAAUUUAAAACUAAUGUGUGCAGUGUUUCAUAUAUCAUAGGGUAACUGCAAGAGGACUGAUGGGAUUUUUUUUUGGAAUUGCAAUUGAGUAAAUGAUAGAGCUGUAUGGACAGAGUAGUGCUCACUUUGAGCAUGUGAUUAUUCUUAGCUGUUUUUUGAAUAUAAGCUUUUGCCAUCAAACAGCCUAAUAUCCUUAACCCUUCAAUAAAUAAUCGAAGCAUUUUCCUCAAGCUUUCAUGAUGACGGUAAUUUCUCUGUCUUUUUUUGUCUUCUGUUAGACUUUCAUUUUAAGCAAACUGUCUGCAAUAAGUUUGAUUGUUUUGUUUGAUAUGACUUGGUUAAUAAAUCAAAGGUGUUCGAAAAGCUA